GGAAGCCGUGCAAGAUAAGGCUCACUCUCCAUUUCUCUUUCUUUCUCUAUGUGUGUUUUUCUAUGUGUGAGAGAGAAACAGAAAUAUUCUUUUUUGAAGUAGCUAUCAUGUGUGUGUUUUUUCUGUAUGAUAUAUAUUGAUUCAAACAAAGGCAAAAAGACGAACAUCUGCCUCACAACUUGCUUCAAAACUCGAGAAAAAUCCAUGGAGUUUCUUUCUUUUUCUGGGUUUUCUUCAUCUUUGAAUAACACUUGAUUUAAUUUACAUCCAUCGUCAUCUUCAUCUCCGCAUCAGUAUUUGCUGGUUACCAGCUCUUUUCUUCCUCAUCAUUGCCUUUGUUGAAUCGUUGUUAUCUACUUCAAGAUUCGAUAGAAAUGAUGCCUGGUUAUGGGUUUUGUUCGUCUAUGUAGAACAGCUAUGUUAUUGCCAUAAUCUUCAUCUGUUGCCUUCAUCUGUGGUUAUUAGAAGCUCUUGUUGAUCAUCACUUACCUUAGUUUGUUGUUUUUCUUCUUAUGCAACUCAAUGAAAAUGACGUCUGGUUAUGGGUCAUCUUCAUCCUUGAAAAACACUUAAGUUGCAGCCAUCAUAAUCAUCAUCAUCAUCAUCUCUUCAUCUUUUCAUCUGUAUUUACUAGUUAGCAGCUCUUUGAUCCGUUGUUCUUCACUCACGCAAUUUUUUAUUUUUCUUAUUUAAGAUUCAACAAAGAAAGAUGUCUGGCCAUGGAUUUCCUUCAUCGUUGAAAAACACUUAAGAUACAGCCAUCGUCGUCCUUUCCUCCUCAUCAUCAUCCAUAUAUAUGUUCAUGUUCAUCUGUAUUUAUCAGUGAAAAGCUCCCUUGUUGUCAUCACUUACAUCGUCUUCUGUUGUUUUUGAAUUAAAGAUUCAACAAAAAUGAUGUCGGGUGAUGGGUUCUCAUCACCACCUUCUUCUCUCAGCUCAUUCAUCCACGACCCCAUCCCAAACCCCAACCCUAACCCUAACCCUAAUUCUUCCGUUUCAGGUAAACGAAAGCGUAAUCAGGCCGGUAAUCCAGAUCCAGAUGCGGAAGUGAUAGCGUUAUCCCCGACAUCACUAAUGGCUACAAACCGAUUCGUGUGUGAGAUAUGCAGUAAGGGUUUUCAAAGAGACCAGAAUUUGCAGCUUCAUAGAAGAGGACACAACCUUCCAUGGAAGCUUAAGCAAAGAAACAAAAACGAAGUGAUAAAGAAGAAAGUUUACAUAUGCCCGGAAAAAAGCUGUGUUCAUCAUGACCCUUCUCGAGCUCUUGGAGAUCUCACCGGAGUUAAGAAGCAUUUCAGCCGGAAACAUGGAGAAAAGAAGUGGAAGUGCGAAAAGUGUUCCAAAAAGUACGCAGUCCAAUCCGAUUGGAAAGCUCAUAGUAAGAUUUGUGGUACCAGAGAGUACAAGUGUGACUGUGGAACCCUCUUUUCCAGGAAAGAUAGCUUCAUUACACAUAGAGCAUUUUGUGAUGCGUUAAUGGAAGAAAAUUCGAGGAUGACAUCACUCACGGUGCUCCCAAGCAUGCCACAUCUGGGCUUUCGGAACGAUCUGAUGAUUAUGAACGGUGGUGGACCUGGUGGUGGUAGUGGUGGCGCCGGUAAUACACAGUUUCAUCAAGGUGUUUUUGGUGGCGGUUUAGAGAGUCCUCUGGAUGUCAAUGGAUCCAAACAAAGAUUGCCGAUUUGGUUAGACCACAAUGCCAACAAUCCCCACCUCGAAAACACUAAUAGCUCAACUUUCUUGGGCUCCUCAAGCUCCAACUACAACAAUGGAGGAAUGCUACAACCGGAGAUGGUGAACUGGUUGAGUAGAUAUAAUGGAUUACCACAAGGGUUAUCUUUGAAAGAAGAAGAAGAAUCCCAAAAGGAGAUGCAGUUGAACUCGAUGUUUAAUUACGGUGGUUCCAACACUCAAAACAAUCUCAUGUGUUCAUCUCUGCCACCACCACCACCACCACCGGUAGCUAAUAUGUCAGCCACCGCUCUUCUACAGAAGGCAGCUCAAAUGGGGUCAACAAGAAGCACAAACCCUGGAGUUUCUGGUGGAAAGGAUACCGGAUUUGGCCUCAUGAGUACAGCUCUCUCAAGCUUAUCAAGCCCUCGCAAUGGUGAAAGAUUGAUGAUGAUGACGACACCUCCGGCAGACGGGUCAAGGCAAAGCAAAGCAACCGGUGGCAAUGAAUUUGGCGACGGUGACUUAACUAGGGAUUUCCUGGGUGUCGCAAGAAAUGAAAGGAAUGUCUCGUUUAGCUUACAACAAGAGCUAAGCAAGUUUGCUUCUUCAACAAUGGCGUUUGACCAGUUCAACCGAAACCAUGAAUAAGAGAAUCGGAACGUUAUCACUUGUCACAGCUUGGACUACGUAAUUUAAGCGACGCUUUUAGCAUCAGGGAUUGUCUUUAGUGACACUUUUAUGGGCUUUUAGCUAUCCCUUGUUGGACAAUUUACUUUAGUGAUGAAUUCCUGUUACAAAUUGCGACAGUGCAUUUCAACAACGUUAAUUAAAUUACGUUGCAAAGUUUAAUUACUUUAA